AUGAAUCCCAUUAUCGUUAUUCAACGAGGAUCGCGGAGCUGUGUUUCAGCGGACGAGUUUCUUGCUGAGUUGGACAACGGGUCGAUUCUCCUGUUUGUCAAGGAGAAUCGGCCCGUCGUUACAAUCAGUAGAGCCGUUUCUGCUCUUCAGUUCACCGAGCCCUCCGUGGAGGAGGCGCUCUUUGAACCGAGCAGUCCGCAUCAGGAUGCUGAGGCGGUGAGAUCCAGUGUGAUCACGCCACCUCCUCCAGAUUCGACAGCAGAGGAAGCCUGUCCAGAGGAGAAGGCCAUGGUCGAGGUUGAAGACACUGAGGAGGAGGCAUCAGGGUCUUCAUCCGACCAUGAGCUUUCUCCAGUGUCUGGUUCAGGCUCUGACUCCAGCUCCCUUACUGAAGGGAGUUCCUCUGUUGUGGACAGUUGCAGUGGGGUUGAGCCAUCCACAGAGGCAGCCGGGACACAUCAGGAGGACGCUCACAGCUCCGACCUGACUGCUGCUGAUGGAGACGCCGCUCCCCCAUUUCCUGCGUUGUCAACAGCAGAGGAAGCCUGUCCAGAGGAGAAGGCCAUGGUCGAGGUUGAAGACACUGAGGAGGAGGCAUCAGGGUCUUCAUCCGACCAUGAGCUUUCUCCAAUGUCUGGUUCAGGCUCUGACUCCAGCUCUCUUACUGAAGGGAGUUCCUCUGUUGUUGAUGACUGCAGUGGGGUUGAGCGGCCUUGCAUCCAUCAGGCACCCUCUUUGCCGUGGAUCGGUCGGGUGGUCCCCAGAGAUGAAAUGAAGCCACCGGUUCCUGUGAAAGGUUUUCCAGUGUGGAAUGGCCUAUGGGACACGGUGGACCAUCAUGUCUCUCAUAAGGGGACCACACCACCACCCACGAAGGCAGCCAGCACACGUCAGGAGGAUAUCAAGGCUAAAGAUCUCAUGGUGAGGCCAUGGACUUCAGUCUUUGAUUUCUUCCAUUUCACCGAAUGCGGACUCGUGUCUGCAGAAUUCCAGCCUUCACCUCCAAAUGGCUCGACCGCUCCGGCUGCGCCUCCUCAGCCCCAGCCGUCUGCGUCCUCUCAGCAAAAUAACGCAGAUAAGGUGGAGACUAGUUUAUCAUCUCCACUUUCACCUCCGCACAUUCAAGUGCCUCCUCCCGCCUCUCGUCCUCAGCGUCGUGCUCUCAAGCGUCCGGCUCCUUCUUCACAGGAUGAUCAGGAUGAGAUGGAGCCGCCGCCAAAGAGGGCCAGACUAAAUGGGCUGUCGGCGGAGGUCACGCGUCCUCAGGCCCAAACAGCAUCGUCCUCUCAGCAAAAUAAAGCAGAUGCUGGGGAGGUCGACUGUUCUUCUGUUUCACAACAUUCAAGUAAUAACAGUCGGCCAAUCCGGCCACUGCCUCCUCCUGCCUCUCCUCCUCAGCGUCGCGCUCUCAAGCGUCCGGCUCCUUCUUCAAAGAAUGUUCAGGAUGAGAUGGAGCCACCGGCAAAGAGGGCCAGGCUGUGUUUAACACAAAAGGAUUUAAAAGCUCAACAAUCGUCUCCUGAUGGGUUGUCAGCUCAGGUCAUGCCACCUCAGGCCCAACUUUCACCUCCGCACAGUCAAGUGCCUCCUCCCGUCUCUCCUCCUCAGCGUCGCGCUCUCAAGCGUCCGGCUCCUUCUUCAAAGAAUGUUCAGGAUGAGAUGGAGCCACCGGCAAAGAGGGCCAGGCUGUGUUUAACAGAAACGGAUUUUAAAGCUCAACAUUCAUCUCCUGUUGUCAUGUUGGCUGAGGUCACGCCACCUCAGGCCCAACUUUCACCUCCUCAUGGUCAAGUGCCUCCUCCCGCCUCUCGCCUUCAGCGUCGCCGUCUCUGGCGUUCGGCUCCUUCUUCACAGGAUAAGAUGGAGCCGACGCCAAGGAGGGUCAGACUAAAAAGGCUGUCGGCACAGGUCACACCUCCUCUGUCCCAGAAGCAAAAUAAACCUGACACUGCCGUGGCCGACUGUUCUUCUGUUUCUCAACAUUCAACUAUUAACAGUCGGCCAAUCCGGCAAGUGUCUCCUCCCGCCUCUCAUCCUCAGCGUCGCUCGCGCAAGCGUCUGGCUCCAUGCUCUUCACAGGAAGCAUCUGAAGGCAUGGUGUCCAAGGCCAAAAUACCCAGACUUGAUGGGAUGUUUUAA